AUGACUGAGCCGCUCGUCGAGGAUGUGCUCUCAGGGAGGCUGUUAAAGUUCCGUAAUAAACCGCCGGUCCGUCAGUCGUUAGCGCAGCUUCUCAACGAGGGCGGUACUCGGCUGAGGGAGCGACCAUCAGCUUCGGGCAUUGGCGACUACGUGGCACAGGGGAUCGCCGAGGUCACCCGUAUCGUGGACAUAUCAGCCCAAGACUGUUGGAGGGAGAAGUUCGUUCGACUAGGGAUGCAGUGGGAAGAUGGAAAGGCUAGGAAUGUGCUGUUCAUGGAGGAGAAGGUCAUUCACUUAGCCGGGGGGUGGGUGGACGCAGCGCCUGGUCAAAGAACGAGGAAUCGAGCAAUGACCGGAUACGAACACAUUCUUACGGUCUAUGUGCCAUUCGCUGCUUAUAAGUAUCCAAUGACGUUUGCCUUUUCGAAAGAGGCUGAGAUGAAGAGGUGGGCAGACCGUCUCGCAGAGGCUUGCAACGAUGAGCUUGUGGCUAGAGACCGAGGCCUGGGGCGACUCAGGGUUGCGCUGCUUUCAGUAGCUGGUCGUAGGGAGGAGGGGACCUGCUUGGAAGUCAGCCAUAGUGGUUACAGUGUGCGUAGUGCUCCAGUGAUUGACCUUCCUGUGGAGGUUCGGGAUGUUCCUAUCAUACAGAACAACCCCAACGCCUAUGUGGAGUUGUCGAUUUGGUCCGUCGAUCGGGGUACACCAGUCAAAGGCCUCGAGGUCCAUUGCCCUUUCUAUGAGAUAGAGCGGCUCGAAUCACAGAUAGUAACUUAUGAGACGCCACUGGACGCGGCCGGGACGGAUUCUGAGACGGUCGAAAUACGCAGCGUAUUUCGAGCGACCUAUGGUAUCGCUAUUGUGGUUCUCUGGACUGUCCCUUUGGGUUCUCUAUCUCUACGAGUAUUCCCUUUCUUUUGUAUUCACUCUUGGCGCCCUCUCGCUGGUGACACGUCAUCCACUGGUCGAGGCUCUGACAGAGUGGGGUCGGGGUGGACUUGGGCGAUUUCGAUGUAA